AUGUCUGAACAGAAAAAAAGAAAAGUAGAGACCAGUAAUGAUCCCAAUGUAUGGCUGAAGUGGUACCAUGAACUAAGUGAUGAAAGUGAUCUGAGUGAAAGCUCUAAGGAUGAAGAUGAAAGUGACAAAGAGGAAGAAAAUAUACUGACAGAGAGUGAGCAUAAUACAGAAUCGGAACAAGAGGCUUCGGAAAGUGAAGAAGUUGAAAGUGACGAAGACGUGCCUUUAGAUUCUUCUAGUUUCUACAUUGGGAAGGACAAAAUAACGAAAUGGAGCAAAGCGAAUCCUCCAAGAAAUGUGAAAACAAGGUCCCAUAACAUUAUUAUUCAUUUACCAGGACCCAAAGUUCAUGUGGGCCCCAUUUGCCUAUCUCGCACGUCUUUCCUAGCUGAUGAAGAUGCAAACGAAUAG